CUUCAUCUUCUUCUUCUAUGCGUGGGUUAUUAUGAUCAUCUCUAUCAGGCUCUGUCAAAGUGAAUGGAUGAAGAUUUUUCUCAGUUGAAGUUCUUCUGAUUUCCAAUCUUAUGGACCAAUCUACCAAGUACCAGGUCUCGCUGCGUGGAGCGAGCGCCAAGGAGAUAACCAGGGAUGCACUUCUCGAGAAGGUAUCCAGAGAAAGGGAGCUUCGUAAUUACACAAGGCGUGCUACAGCCGCCGCAAUCAUCAUCCAGAAAGUCUGGAGGGCACACAAGCAAACACAAACUGUAUGCAGACAGAUUCAGCAAGAUUGGGAAAAGAUGAUGGACGGACAUGAUCUUCCCUUAAACAGAACUUGGAUUUCCACCAGUUUUCUGAGACCUUUCCUCUUAUUUGUUACAUUUUUGUCUGUUCGGUCUCAGAAGAUUCAACCAAGUGAAUUACGUUGUAUGCAGAGAUGCUUCAGAGUUCUAUUGGAAAGUAUCAACUCAUCUGAUCCAGAGAAAAACUUUUGUUCCUUGGCUACAAGUACGCAGGAAAAUAGGAAGAUCUGGAGAUAUCAAUCACGAAAACUUGUUUCCCUUUGCUUAUUUGUCCUUGGAGAGUAUGAUGUAUCUACUUCUUCAGCUCAUCACAGUCUUGUUACCUCUCUGGCAAUGCGCCUUUCUGUUGUCUUGACUGAUCUGAAGGCAUGGAGGUGCAUCAAUGAUGAUAAUCAUUUGGAUGGAAAAAUGGAAGUUGAAGAUUUGAUUCACUUCAUGGGAAGUGAAGAAGGAAGAUUGUACAUGAAUGUAAACCAAUACAUUUAUAAAUUGCAUGCCCCCUUUUCUGCCCAGUUGAAUGUUCCUCGGCAGACAGAUGAGAGACUUGUGAUUACUGCUAGUGCCAUAACAUUAGCUUUAAGGCCUCUUCACAUUGCGAAGUUAACUGACUCUGGUUCUCUGGAUAUGCUGUAUUCUGUUGAGCAGUUCUGUGUAUUUAUAUUGACAAUUCCUUGGCUUGCUCAUCGGUUACCACCAGUCCUUUUGCCUGCUUUGUGCCAUAAAACAGUUCUGUCGCUUUGCUUCAAGAUGCUACUGAUAUACAAAGAGAAAAUUCUAAACAAGAUUUCUGAGAAGGAUCAGUUAUAUACUGUAUCAUGUCUAUCAAUGAUGCCAAAAGUUGGUUGGCUUCUCGCAAACAUCAUAUGCCUGGCAACAGGAAGCAAUAACAACUCAGAAGUGCCAGGGAAGUUGAUCAGAGGGAUAGACCUCACCUCCUAUGUCCAUGUUAUUAUUAAUCUUUCCGAAAACUUAUUAGUUUGGUUUGAGAAAGCUCGGUCAAUAAAAAAGGACAGUGAUGGAGUCGAGGUGUAUACUGAACUAUUUGAAGAAUUCUCUACUACGCUGCUUUGUGGGACUCAAACUCUUAGUUCUGUGAAAAUGUCAUACAUCGACUUCUUUAGUCCGGUUUAUCAACAGUGUCAUCUUAUGGAACUUUUAUCCUUGGAGAAUGAUAGUUCUUCUGAUGAGCCCCAUAAUCUCUUGCCAACAAAUUCAGAAUGCCAGGGAAAGCGAGGUUUAAUUGAUGUGGCAUAUUACUAUUCUUGCAUGCUUAGAAUAUUUUUGUUACUGAAUCCAGUAGCAGGCCCAAUGUCUGUUCUCAAUAUGCUGUCUUUUACCCCUGGAUUUCUUAUUACUUUGUGGCAAACAGUAGAAAGCUCUAUUUUUUCUGGGAGAAGUCGCUUAACCAAGGACAGUAGUCAUACUGGAGAUACGUUAUCUGAAAAGAAGAAUGGUAAUGUUAGUAAGCAUAAACGUGUUGUGAAGGAUGAAGGAAGAAAAUGGGCAAGUGUUCUGCAUAAAAUUACUGGCAAGUCACAAGCCAAUAUAGAGUCAGCUGAUAUUCAACCACGGUCGAAACAGGUCGAUGAUGAUUCUUAUGGUAUAUGGAACAUUGAGUCCCUGAAGCAUGGUGCAGAAGGGAUGUCGAAAGAUGCAUUUUGUCUACUCCAUCUAUUUUGUUCAACCUAUUCACACCUGUUGGUAGUCCUUGAUGACAUAGAGUUCUAUGAGAAACAGGUUCCCUUCAAAUUGGAGCAGCAACAGGGAAUUGCAUCAAUGCUUAAUACAUUCGUGUAUAAUACUUUGUCCCACAGUUUUAGCCUGCAAACUAGGCCUCUUGUGGAUGCUGCUAUCCGGUGUUUGCAUCUGCUGUAUGAGAGGGAUUGCAGGCACCAGUUUUGUCCUCCAGCUUUGUGGCUUGCACCUGCCAUGAAGACUAGACCAACAAUUGCAGUAGCUGCGAGAACUCAUGAAGCUUUAUCAGCUAAUUUAAGAUUGGAGGAUGCCUCAACCCUUCCAAACAUGAGUUCUGCUGUUAUUUAUAUUCCACACAUCUUUCCAUUUGAAGAAAGAGUUCAAAUGUUCAGAGAAUUCAUCAAUAUGGACAAGACAUCAAGAAGAAUGGCUGGUGAAGUGGUUAGCAGUGGUUCACGUGCAGUAGAGGUCGUCAUUCGACGUUCUCAUGUCAUUGAGGAUGGAUUUCAACAGUUAAAUUCUCUAGGUUCAAGGUUAAAAUCCAACAUUCAUGUCUCAUUUGUUGGCGAAUCAGGCCUUCAAGAGGCUGGCUUAGACUAUGGUGGAUUAUCCAAGGAGUUCCUGACAGAUAUAGCUAAAGCGGCAUUUUCACCUGAGUAUGGACUAUUCUGUCAGACCUCAACUUCGGACAGGCUUAUAAUUCCCAACACAACAGCAAGACACAUAGAUAAUGGUAUCCAAAUGAUUGAGUUUCUCGGUAGAAUUGUAGGCAAAGCACUUUAUGAAGGCAUACUACUCGAUUACUCCUUUUCCCUUGUUUUUGUGCAAAAGUUGUUGGGCCGCUAUAGUUUCCUUGAUGAAUUAUCAACUCUUGAUUCUGAGCUCUACAAGAAUAUCAUGUAUGUUAAGCAUUACAAUGGCGAUGUUAGAGAACUUUGUCUUGAUUUUACUGUUACAGAAGAAUCACUUGGAAAAAGACAAGUUAUUGAUCUAAAACCUGGUGGCAAGGACAUCUGUGUAACAAAUGAGAACAAAUUACAAUAUAUUCAUGCAAUGGCAGAUUACAAACUUAACCGGCAGAUAUUGCCUCUGUCAAAUGCUUUCCUUAGGGGGUUAAUGGAUCUUAUAUCCCCAUCGUGGUUGAAGUUGUUCAAUGCCAGUGAAUUUAAUCAGUUACUUUCUGGUGGAAAGCAUGACAUUGAUGUCGUUGAUUUAAGAAAUAACACCAGGUAUACCGGUGGCUAUACUGAAGGAAAUCGAACCAUUAAAAUCUUCUGGGAGGUACUUGCAGGAUUUGAAGCAAAAGACCGUUGUAUGCUUCUUAAGUUUGUUACCAGUUGUUCUCGUGCUCCUUUACUUGGGUUUAAAUACUUGCAGCCAGCCUUUACCAUUCAUAAGGUUGUCUGUGAUAUGCCAAUCUGGGCAACAGUUGCUGGACAAGAUGUGGAGCGACUUCCAUCGGCUUCCACAUGUUACAAUACAUUAAAGCUGCCUACAUACAAGCGAUCUAACACACUCAGAGCAAAACUUCUAUAUGCUAUCAAUUCCAAUGCUGGAUUUGAGCUUUCAUAAUGUCCUGUUGCAAUUAUGACAAGGUCUAGAAGAGGUUGAUAGAUAUUGAACACAACGAGUUUGAGUCCGGGGAGCGUAUUCAGAAGAGCUUGGGACGUAUUAUUGAGUUUACUAUUGAAGGAAACAGCAUCCUGGUUCAACCUCGCAACACAUUGGUUACUUCCUGCACCAAACAUGGUGAUAGCUGCUGGCAAGCAUCCUGUUGGUGGUAGGCCUGUUACUCCAAUCCUUCUUGCUCCUAGCUUGUACAGACUCUGUAUAACAAGGUCAAAUUAUGUUCAUAAAAAGUUUAUUCGUUUGUUGUGUUUGCGAGUUAAACCAAAAUAUGUAAGAUAAUGAUGAAAUACAUGGAUCAUUUUUAUUUAUUUAUUUGAAAAUUGGAUUUUGUCAUUGC